AAAAAACACUUGAGUACAUGGCUGUUGUGUCUCGCUUUGCGAGCCAGUGGCGUCACCCUACAGCUAAGCCCAAAGUGGUCAAGAUCUGGAAGAUUCACUGUUUCCCGUAUAUCAACAAUAGGUUCACCGAGUAUCAGAGAGCAAUAGCUUCCAAAAACAGCGCCGUUCGGGGAAACACCCGUUUGCUAUGGCAUGGAACAAUCCGAACAUGCAGAAUUGGCGACAGCGGCAACAAUGUAUGUACUAGGAGUGACUGCUCAUUAUGUGGAAUACUCAAAGCGUCUUUCUCCGUCGCCAAAGUCGGUCAGCAUCACAAGUUCUCCCGUUUCGGAGCAGGGAUAUAUACGACCGCAACGUCAUCCAAAGCGAAUGACUACGUACAAGAGCGGGGUGGGUCUCCAUACAAGGCGAUGCUCCUCAAUGCAGUCGUGGCCGGCGCAGAGGCAAAGAUGACCAGAAAUGACACGACACUUUCCAAGCCACCUGGUGGUUGUGACUCCGUUCUUGGUGUGCCGGGCGCAAAGUCGGUUUUGAACUACGACGAGGUGGUCGUUUACAGGGACGACGCUAUACGCCCGUCUUUCCUGGUCAUUUAUCGCUAGGUAUGCGGAUGCGAUAACUCACUUUCUAAGUUGUCCCUUAGUCUGAGUGCGGACACAUAAUUUCCCGUUGUGGUGUCAAAUAUUUACUAUGGACAAGUAUUGGUACUGAAAUGUGGCUGUUCACGCCACAAGCCGCCGUCAAGUUGCUCUCCC